AUGUAUGGGUUGAUUUUUUUAUCAUAUUUUGGAUUUAUAGCAGGAUUUAUAUUUCUAACUGUUUGUAUUGCAUGUGGACUUUAUUAUUUAUCAGAAUUUAUUGAAGAAUACGCAGAGUUUUCUAAGAGAAUAUUGAAACGCUUAAUUUAUAUCGUUAUUUUUUUGCACUUAAUCCUUUUUAUUGUUGAUGGAUUUCCAUUUUUUUCUACUUUAUUUUCUAUUUUAUUACAUAUUAUAUAUUUUAUCAAUCUCCGGUCAUUUCCAUGUAUUUCUGUCUCCUCAUAUCAAUUUAUAACAGCUAUAAUUUUUACAGUUUUAAAUAAUUUAUUAUGGAUCUGGCAUUUUAGAUCAUAUUUCGGUUUAUUAUUAACAUAUUCUUCUGUAUAUGUACAUAAGAAAGAUACAAAAGAUUAUACUCUUGGCCAAAUUGCAUCAUUUUUUGCUAUUUGUAUCUGGCUUAUACCAUUUUCAUUGUUUGUUUCUUUACCAGCAGGGGAUAAUAUCCUUCCUAUCUCAUCUAAUGAUUACUUAUCAUCUGGAUCAAGUAUAAAUUAUAUGCGAAGUGACAAAUAUAAACGAAUCGGAAUGAUUAAGUCAAUAUUCUCGAAAAUCAAGAUAUCUAUGGAGAUUAUUAUGCAAAAUAUUAAUUGGAAUAACCGAAGCCAAAAAAAUCCAUGUUAUAUAUAA